AUGGCCGCCGACCGUACCCGCCUGGCUGCCUUUUACCACGCGGCGCCCUUCAGCCCAGCUACCCCGAGCUCGCUCAUCCCCGCGCCAGAUCUGACUCCUCACGCCGAGGCGUUCAUUGGGGCGCAGCCGCCGCACAACGCCUUUACUCCUCUCGAGCCCAUCCCUUACCACGGCACGCACGCAAUCGCCGGUACGGCGCGCAGCGACAGCGCGGCGAGCGAGGCCAAGCUCAGCGCGGCGGCACCUGAGUUCAAGCCGAAGCCGCCGCCCAAGCUCAACGCGGAUGCGCCCGCCUUCAACCCGAGUGAGGCCGCGGCCGAGCAGAAGCAGCUGCGGAGCCUCGUCGCCGCUUCCGAGGCGCAGCUCGCGUCUCAGCGGAAAGAGAUCAGCGCGUGCAAGGCGAGGGAGACGGCGCUGGCCACGGAGGCGAGGGAGGCGCGCGCACUGGCGCAGUCGCUGGCGGAGCGAGCCGACCUGGCGGGACGCCAGCUCAGCGCGGCGAACGCCGAACGCGGGCGCGUCGAGAUGAAGCUGCACGACGCGCAGCGCGAGGCGGGCGAGGCUUGCCGUGCCCGCGCCGAGGCGGUCGAGCAGGCGAGGCGCGGGCUGGAGGAGGAGCGGCGCCAGCACGCGGCCGCGAUCGGAGAGGCUCGACACGCCCACGAGGCAGAGCGAGAGCGGCAGAGGCGCGAGCACGAAACGGAGCUUGCGCGGGCGCGCCGGCUGCACGCCGAGGAGACGACGAGCCUGCGCGACCAGCAGAACGAGCUCGUGCAGCAAAAGGAGGCGCUC